CUAGCGCAGGCACACGGAGGGAAACCCAAGGACCAUCCACUCUGCACUUACAAGUACUCCCAGCUCAACCAGCCUUUUGUAGUAGGCAAGGUAAAUACUAAAUUAGACUAGUGAAGGCACAAAGAGGAAAGCUCGGGCCUGCGGGAAACCAUCUACAACUCUACAUCUACACAGUACAACUACUCCCAUCUCAACCAGCCUUUUGUAGUAGGCAAGAGAAUAUCUGACCAUCACACCUCCCCACCUAGCCAUGUCGCUGUGGCGGAACGCUGUGUGGUUCGUCAAGGGGAUGCGAGAAUACACCAACUCAGGAUAUGCAGCUGCAGCCAAGACCUUUGACCCGUGUGACCUGCAGGUGGAUGUCAAAGGUCGCACGUUCCUCAUCACCGGGGCCAACAGCGGCAUUGGCAAGGCAACGGCUGAGGAGGUCGCCAAGAGAGGUGGAACAGUCCACAUGGUGUGCAGGAACCCGUCCCGAGGAGAGGAGGCUCUGAACGAGAUCAGGGAGAAAACUGGCAGCCAGCUUGUCCACCUGCACAUCCUGGACAUGGCCCAGCCGCGGCAGGUGGCCGACUUCGCAGGGCGCUUCUGUCAGGAGCAGGGGAAACUCCAUGUGCUGGUGAACAACGCGGGCUGCAUGAUCAACACACGGGAAGUCUCGGCAGACGGGCUGGAGGCCAACUUUGCUACCAACACUCUCGGGACGUACAUCCUGACCACAGGCCUGCUGCCCCUGCUGUCCCAGAGUGAGCAUCCCCGAGUGAUCACAGUGUCGUCCGGAGGAAUGCUGGUUUCCAAGCUGAACACGAAAGACCUGCAGUUUGAACAGAUGAGACCGUUCGAUGGAACCAUGGCGUACUCUCAGAACAAGAGGCAGCAGGUCAUCAUGACAGAGCAGUGGGCCCAGCAGUAUCCCACAAUCCACUUCUCCUCCUGUCAUCCGGGCUGGGCUGACACACCAGCUGUGCGUACGUCGAUGCCAGAUUUCCACCAGAAGAUGAAAAGCCGUCUGCGCUCCGUGGAGCAAGGAGCCGACACCCUCGUCUGGCUCUGUCUGGCGGAGGCGGUUACUAGUCAACCAAGCGGGCUGUUCUUCCAAGACAGGGCUGCGGCCUCCAAGCACCUUCCCCUGGCCUGGACCAAGUCUACCAAACAGGAGGACGCGGGUCUCAUGCAGCAGUUGGAGGAGAUCGCACGCAGGUUCAAAUCUUAGGUCUCACACCGAAGUAUGAUCGCACGCAGGUUCAAAUCUUAGGUCUCACACCGAAGUCUGAUCGCACGCAGGUUCAAAUCUUAGGUCUCACACCGAAGUUUGAUAGUCUCUGAUGGAAGUUCCAGCAUCAAACCACACG